UAUUAGUACUAGUAGUGAGUAUGUGAAGCAGUGAGGGUUGUCAAGGGUUUUUCUCAAUUCGAUGAGCAGCUAGAAAAAGUAGCUUUUUCCUUUUAUACUAUUUACUUAUAAAUUAUUACAUUACUACUUCUGUUAGAUUAAUAGUUAAGAGGACAGUUGAACCCAAAUGACGUCGUGUUUAAAUGUGGGGUUAGGAGAUUGUCAAGAUGAUCUAGAUAUAAAAGGUGAAAUUGAUUUCGAUUUUUUUGAUGCUCCGGAAAAAUCCAAAUGUAAGUCAUGGGAAGCCAAUCCAAACAGUGAAAGUGGAAGACCACAGACGUUAGAGAUUGAACAUUGUCUUCUGUCACACAGUAAUCAUGAACUGCCUGGAGAAAAAAGCAUAGUGGCAGAAGCUCAAAUUGAAAUAAAUCCAUCAUAUUGGGAGUGUGACUCUCCGAGUCUGAAUUACAACGAAAGUGUAGAAGCUGUCCCAAAAGAUGCAAGUGGAUACUUCCCUAGCCAUUCCCAAGCGUGUGGAUGCAAUGUUUUAACUUGUCCAAUAUUUUCAACAUCUGAAGACUUGGAUGCAAGUGGAAGCUUAAGACGAAAAAAAGUAAUUGAGACAACUAUUCCAUGCCCUUGUGAAGAUGUUUGUUCAAAUGUACAACAGAAUUCAGAUCUAUGCACAGCAGCAGCAAGAAUUGGUUGUGAAUUAUGCGUAUGCAUCUCACCUCAUAAAUGUGUUAGUAAUGAUACCAAGGAUAAAAGUAAAUACGAGAACACUGACAAAACUGAUAGAGCUUCCCCCACAUCUAGUCUGUCAACAAGUGAUUCAGAUGAUUUGACAUCUGAAGAUUCAUUGGAUGGACUAUCUGAAAGUGAUUCUAUUACUGACGUCACUCCUUUAAGCUCACCCUAUUGGUGUGAUAGCCCUCUUCCACAGUGUAAAUCAUUUAAACGCUUACCUUGUGAAACCAAUGAGAGUGAACAAAAUAAUAAAGAAAGUUGUAGAGAAGGAGCUUCAAAUGAACAGGUUAUUAAAAAGCAAGAAAAUGUAAAGUUUUCUGAAUCUGCAUACUGGCAAAGUGAGAAUUUCCAAGAAUUGGAUGAGCUCAAUCAAGUGGUUGAAGCCCUUCAGGCACUGGAAACUAGAAGUAGAAACGAAAGAACAAAUAUAAAGCAGAGAAAUUGUGUGACGCCACCUGUUUUGAAAGGAAGGAAAAACAUGUCAUUCUCAAACCAGCAAGUUCAUCAGAUCGAUCAGGAAAAUCAACGCCUCUUAAGAAAAAUACUAGCUCAACAAAACAGGUCAAAAGCUCAGUGUGGAUCUGAUUCACGGCCACCAUGUACAGCAUCAUCUGCUAUUAAUAGAAGGAGGCAACAACGACAAAUUGAAAAUGAUAACUUGAUGCUUUUGAAACGACUUGAAUCUGCCAAACCCAGUACACACCUGAGUCGUACCAACUUGCUUCGUGACUAUAAUAAAUAUUCUCGUGUCACUUCACGCAGCUCCUUUAGAUCCCAUUCCUCUGGUCCCAGUUCUCAGCAAAGUUCAGCUCGACUUUCUUCUUCUUCCUCGAGUCUGAGCAGUUUGCAAUCAUCGGACAGUAGCUGUUCUUCUCCUAAGGCUUCCAAGUCUGUAAACAACAGACCUAAGAGUGCUAAACACAAUCCGAUUUCUCAGGUCAACCACGUUAAACACAGCUCUUACUAGCUAUGCUAAUUUCAGGUUUUCAUUAACAGUUUUAUAUGUAAAGCAGAUUUCCAGUACUAAACUUUUAUGAAAUAAUAAUCAGCAAAAAAAAACAACAUACCCUCAGUUGAAUUCCUACAGUUUUUGUAUAAGCUGGAAUGUUUAUUUGUGAAUGUAUAGCUUGAUCUUAUGUAAGAUUUUUAUGAACAAGUUAAAAGAUCAUUAAGAACAGUUCUAAUUUAUCAAACAAUUUAACAUAAUAAUAUCCUUGUAUACUGUUGCUUAUAAUAUCAGAGGAAAAAAACAACAACAUAUACUGAAUUCAUCAGUGCAUACAGCUAUUUUUUCCACAUUUACAAAACAUUUAAUCAUAUUUCAAUUUUAUAUUUUGUUUUUUAACUAAAAAUAUGCAUUUUUCAUGAGUGAUAAGCUGAAAAUUAUAGCAAUUACAUAUGUAACUGCAGGGGGUUUUAAAAAGUGACUCUGAAAAGUUUACAUGUUCAGAUAUUCCAGAGAAUCAAAUAGAAUUUCUAUAUUCAUGUUGGCAGGUGGUAAAAACCAAAUCUAUGAUCUACCUACAGAGAAUUGGUAUCAUUUAAAACUGCUUGGUUAACAAAAUAAAGAAAGGAAAAGAAAUUAGGGAGUUAAUACUGUGAAUACAAUCAGGAAAAUGAAUCUAGUCUAGUUAUGUUUAGUAAAUUGUAACCUUAUAUUUUUGGAUGAAUCUUGUGGAGCUUCUCAGCUUUAAAAUAUGUAUAAACAGUGAAAUUACAUAAGGGUUAAAGUUUAGAAAUGUGCAUUUCUAACAAGUAGCUGUUACCAUAGCUUGGUGAUUCUCAACCUGUAGUACAUAGAGCUGGGAUAUUAACAUGAUUAAGCAAUACAACUGAUUACCUAUGAGCAUCAGUUACUUCGACAUAUGUCCCAUAGAAUAAUUAAUUAAUCAAAAUUAUGAUUAAAGUUGAUUAUAUCAUAAAAAUAAUGAACUCAUCAAUGUUAGUGUUUCUAAUUAUUCCAAGUAAUUGCUGUUAUGAUAUAUCAUUAUCGGUUUUGAUUAAAUUCCAGGUUGUUCAAUUAGGACCAUUACUCACAAAAAUAAUGAACUCAUCAAUAUUAGUGUUUGCAAUUAUUAAUAUUUUUGAUUAUUCCAACUAUCCAAAGUUUUUGAAAAUAAUCAGUUAGUUGAAUAUAAUCUAUUAAUGAGCCUAAUGAUCAAUUUAGCAAAUUUCAUUAUUUGUCCAACUGUAGUGAUGUACAUACCCCCAGGAGACCUUUCUGAGGGUAAGCAAGAACUUUAAAAACAUUAAAACAAAAUAAACCCCACACCUCAAAAUUGGAAGGCAGUCUUGGUGAGUUAAAACAUAUUCCAGAAGCCAACACUCAGUAUUCGUUUAUUGUUCAUUUAUCUUUUUAUUAAUAUAAAAAAAAUUCUUAUUAAAGUUUUGUUAACAAAUUAUAUGCAUCAGAGGUAUACCACUGAUUCAAAGGUUUGACUUGGUGUACAAGGCAUAAAAAGGUUAGGAACAAGCUAUAACAAACUUAAUGCUAUUAUAAGCCACUUUCAUUUGCUUAUUACUGUGUCACCAUUAAUAUUAAGCAAAUACUAAAAAACAUAAUAAUAUAAGUCCUAAAAUUGUGCUAAACGUGAGAAGUAUGGGAACUUGUGUUAGUUGUAUUUAUUUAUUUGUCAAACAUCAAAAAGUGUGUAUAAAGUUUUGUAAAAAUGCUGUGA